AUGGCCCUGCCCAACCCCGGUGCCGCCGCCGCCGUCGCCGCCCAGGCUGCUCCAAUUGCGCUGUCAACGGCAGCUUCUUCCAACAUCCAAACCAAUGGACACGGCCCGCAUGCAAACGGAUCUGUACAAGGCGAGGAAUACAUUUACACGAACGACGCCCGCGUAACAGGCUACGAGCCGCUGAUCCCGCCAUCACUGCUGCUUCACGAGAUCCCCGUGCCGGCCGAGUCGCAGCGCACGAUCGCACGUGCGCGCGGGCAGGCGUCGGCCAUCGUCAACGGGCUCGACGAUCGGCUGCUCGUCGUCGUCGGCCCCUGCUCCAUCCACGACACAGUGCAGGCAGUUGAGUACGCCAAGCUCCUGCGCGAGCGUAUGCCGACGUGGCCGGCGCUCGUCAUCGUCAUGCGCGCGUACUUUGAGAAGCCGCGUACGACCGUCGGCUGGAAGGGUCUGAUUAAUGACCCGGACAUCAACGGCUCAUUCAACAUCAAUCGAGGCCUCCGCAUCGCGCGCAACCUGCUCGUUUCGCUCACCGCUUCCGGCGUACCCGUCGCGUGCGAGCUGCUCGACACCAUCUCCCCGCAGUACCUCGCGGACCUGUACUCGUGGGGCGCAAUCGGCGCGCGCACGACCGAGUCGCAGCUACACCGCGAGCUCGUCAGUGGCCUCUCCAUGCCGGUUGGCUUUAAGAACGGCACGGACGGCUCGCUCACCGUCGCCGUCGACGCCAUCAAGUCCUCCUCGCGCCCACACGCCUUCAUGGGCGUCACAACUCAGGGCCUCGCCGCGAUCGUCAAGACCGCCGGGAACCAGGACCUGCACAUCGUCCACCGCGGCGGCAACAGCGGUACCAACUACGACACCGCAUCAAUCCAGAAGAGCACCGCGGAGCUGAACAAGGCGCUGCCGGACCGGCAUCCGAGCAUCAUGGUCGACGCCAGUCACGGGAACAGUCAGAAGGACUUCCGUAACCAGCCUAAGGUCAUUGCUAGCGUCGCGCAGCAACUCCGCGCCGGCGAGCGCGCCAUCACCGGCGUUAUGAUCGAGAGUCACUUGAACGAGGGCAAACAGGGCGAGCCUAAGGGGGGCCGCCUAGAGGAGCUCAAGUACGGCGUCUCCAUCACGGACGGAUGCGUCUCGUGGGAAACGACCAUGGAGAUGCUCGAUCAGCUUAACGACGCUGUCCUUGCUCGAAGAGCUCACAAGGCAUAA